CUCAGAUAUAAGUGGGACUUGUUUCGGUCCAGAACAACUGCCCCCUCUUCAGCUGCUUCUCAGACACAAGGACCCGCCACAACUGAAUCAUGAACAGAAACUCCAUCAGCACGGACCAGGAGCUGCGUAAGGGAGAGUUCCUCAUGAGUGUGAAUGGCGAGUUCAAAGCCAUCUUCCAGGAUGACGGCAACUUUGUCAUCUACAAAUGGUCUCCCAUUUGGGAUACUAAGACAUGUGGGAAAAACCCAUUUCGAGUCCUUCUGCAACCGGAUAACAACCUGGUUAUGUACGACAAAUUGUCUAAACCAGUUUGGGCCACUGGCACCCACUCAAACCAAGCCAAUCAAAGGAUGCGCCUGACCUUGACUGAUGGAGGUCGGCUGGUUCUUGAUAAAGAUGGAGGUGAAAUUUGGGGUGCUGGAGGAUAAUCUUAGCAAUGAAAAGUGCUCUAUAAAUGAAAUUUAUUAUCAUUAUUAUUACUAAAUAGAUUCCAGAAUUCAAACAGAAUUCAUGAUGUGGCAACACACUGUACACGGUUUGCUCUGAGAUUGAAAUAAAGAGCUCUGAUGUUUCA